AGGAUGGGGAGUUGUCCCACAAGUCGAUGGAGAUUGAUUGUCAAGGGGCGAAAAGAAGAGUGAAAAAGGGAAAAAUUGAUUCAUUCUGAUUGCAGGAUAAGAGAGAGAAAAGCCAAGCACUAGGAAGAAGACCAGAAAAAGAAAAAGAAAAAAAAAUAGGAGGCCAAGAGGGCGACGAUGAUGAAGCCGAGUCCAGGAUCCACGGAGAAGUCAAGCCGACCAGAGGGGGCAGUGCGAUGGGGAGAGGGAUUAUUAUUAGCGGGGAUGGGGAUCAUGAGAAACCAUUGCAGGUACGUCCAAGGAUGAAUUGAUAGUUUUGACGAUGGUUGCGAUGAUGGAGGUGGUGAUGAUCGCAGUGGUGGUGAGGGCAAGAAGAAGACUGGAGAUAAGAGGAUGUGAUGCAUCACGAGACAGACAAUAUGGAUUGUCGCAGCACACAAUAACGGCCAGAUCCUCAACAAUCCGCAAUAUCUUCAUUAUUCUCCAUGGAAUAAAGAAUAAAUUAAUGGGCAUUCUUAUCAGUGGCACUUUUGACUAUUACAACUUAGUCAAAACGGCAGAGAUAAGACGAUUGAUCGUCCUUUUGACGGAACUUUAUGCUCUGCUAGUAUUCUUGUAUGGAGUGGCAUUUGGCUGUUUAUCAACAAUCCAAUGGAUGCGCAACCCUGUAAGACAGUGCAAAUCAUCUAAAGGCAUAUAAUAAAUAUCAUUACAAUCUAUGCAGGAAAAGAAAAGAAGAGA